UUCAGUUUGGAGUACGGUUGUUCACAAUCGAUACAAGGCGAAAGCUAGUAGGAGGUAUGUCUCCAGAGGAUGAACUCCAAAGUCCCCCCCUUGGUUUCAGCUCUACCAGGGACGAUGUAACACUGAGCUGUGGUGAUCUAGCUAGCCCUCAUGAGUUUGGGAGAUGGAGCAGAGCACGCAGCAGUCUCCACACAAGAACCCCAGAGACCGACAUCAGUCGCCCUGGAGACCUCGCCGAUGGAAAAAGUCCUUUCCUGAAAAUACUAACAGAUGCAGAAGCAGCUGCCAACUCUGCUGCCAUACAACUUGUGUCUUUUAAGGAUGCCAUGGAAGAUGAGUUUGCUGAUUCCAGACAGUCUGCCACUGAUAAGUGGCGAAUAACGAGGCAGAGAGGACUUUUGCUGGAGAAGUUGGAGGAUUUUAGACGAAUAAAUAAGUCUGUUCGGCAAAAACUGAAACAGCUCCAGAAUUCAGAGGCAGAUCGAAUUGGUGCCGACCACCAAAUUGACAUCUUAUUGAAGAAGAUCACACAGGCUGAGAGUGAAAAUGAGCAUUUAAAAAGAGAUUUGAGUGAGACCGAAAGGAGAGUUGAGGAACUGAUGGAUCAGCGGAGAGGAGAGCAAGAGAACAUAAAGAGUGCAGUCCUCAUGACCAAGUCUGUGGAGGCAACUCGCGCUCACCUGCAGGGGCAGUUACGCAACAAGGAAGCCGAAAACAAUCGUCUGACUCUACAGCUACGGACUUUGGAGAGAACAAUGAUCGAGCAAAAGAUGGAGAUUGAUGAUUUGAAAGGCUCCAUCACCUCUUUGUCUGAGAAGGCAGCACAGGACAAAGAAUCUCUCAAGAAAGCCACCCGAGCACAGAAAGCGAGAGCUGAGAGAUUCGAAGCCGCGAUUGAGAAGUGCUACGCACAAUUGAAGGAAAAGGACGCUCAGCUGGCCAACGCACGUUUAGACAGAGACUCCAGGAGACGUCAAAAGGAGCAGACAACGGACGAGACGGACAGACUUGUAGCUCAUGUAGAGUUGUUGAAAAGCCAAGUUGCAGACUUGACGGCGAGGCUGCAGAAAGAGAAGGUCGAGCUCGCUGCAGCGAAUGAAGCUGUGAUGCAACGUGCUGAAAAACUCAGUGCUGAAAAUGGAGACCUCAGCGUCAAUAAUGCAGCACUCAAGGCAUCUGUUGCUCAGUUGGAGCAGCAGCUGGCUGAUUGUGAGUCUGCCCUCGCAGAGGAGACGGUUGUGUCUCAGGAGAGGAAACAUCAAGCGGAACAGAGCCAAUAUCAGGUUGCAGAGCUUCAAGCUGAGAUUGAUGAUCUGAAGAUAAAAUAUGCAAAUGUUUUAAGAGAGGCAGAGAAGACACGAGAAGGAAAAAAUACAGAGGUUGACAAGGUGAGGCAGGAGCUGCAGGGGCGUUUGGAGGAACUGAAGCCUUACCCCGAGUUACUGAGCGCAGCUGAGCUGAGUCUCUUCGAGUGCCAGGAGAGCCUGCGACGCUCGGAGAGGAAGUGCUCAGAAAAGUCAGAGUCCAUUAGGCAACUGCAGGUUAAGAUGGAGAGUCAGACAAAAUUUCUGAAGUCAUCUGUGGAGAUGAAAGAGUCCAUUCAUGAGGCCAAUUUAGAGCUUCAAGACAAAGUGAAGUCUCUCCACAAGCAGAUGGACAAGCUGCAGCAGGAGAACCUGGAGCUAGUUCGGAGGCUUGCAGCUCAGGAGGAGGCCCUGAGCUACAGUAACCGGCAGCUGGAUCAGCGCUCGUCAGAGUGCCAGGCCCUCAGCCGGCAGCUGGAGGCAGCUCUAUCAGACGUCAGACAACAGGUCAAUAAGGUUAAAGACCAGACUGCAACCAGAGAGGAGGCCCUUCAGACCAAAAUCCUGGAGCUGGAAGCUGAGAGGAGCAGAAGGGACAAUGAGCUGAGGCUUCUUCGCCAGAGCAAGAUCACUGCAGAGAAACAGUUUGAGGUGCGUCUGAAGGACCUGCAGCUCAGCCUGGAUCAAUCAGAGAGCCACAAGCAAAGCAUUCAGAACUACGUUGAUUUUCUCAAAAACUCUUAUAAGACAAUGUUUGACGAGGGACUUCAAACAUCAAGUUUUGGAUCAUCAUAUUUUCUAAAAUAAUUAAGGGUUUAUAUUUUGGUAUGAUUUGUUUUUUUGUGUGUAGUAUUUAUAAGUUAUUUAAAAAGGAUAAUGAAACUUUUAAAGGAAGUAAAAGCUUAUUUUCGAUAGAUUUGGGCUAUCUUUAGAUAUUUACAUCUUCAUUUAGCUGACAAUCACGGACUUUGGUUUUCCCCCAGAUACCGGGGAAAUCUGCUGUUGCUGUGAAAGGUUUUGAUGCAUAUUUUUAGCUCAAGUCCCAAGACACCUUACACAAUAUUGCACAUAUGUAUGCAAAUAUUGGACUUGAACAUUUGGUGCUAUUGUGUCUUAUUCCACUGGGACGAGGAGCCAGUUGCAUACAUUUAGUUUAAGUGUAGUCUAGACUUUAUACUGAGUAAGAUUGUAUGAUGAAGACAAUCCUGGGCUUAAACAUCACUGAUCAACUUCUGUAUUCAGUUUUUAUUUAUAUUGCGCCAAAUCAUAACCAAAGUUGCUUCAUAACACUUUCCAUAUAGAGCAGGUGUAGAGCACACCCUUUAAUAUGCAGAGACCCAACAAUUCCCCCAUGAAAAAGCACGUGGCAACAGCGGCGAGGAAAAGCUUCCUUUUAACGGGCAGAACCAGGCCGUGGGUGGCGGCCAUCUGCAUCCACUGUUAAUGCAAGUAGCCACAAGUCCGCCUUCUAAGUUUAAGUUCAGACCGUCUUGUUAUGGCAGCAUGUUUGAUGAGUUGAGAGUUGGUGACAGACUCUCAUCUCUUCAACACCUUAAACAACGUAGCAGAUCUUUGGUUUGUUUGAGAGCUUUAAGAAAACAGCAAAUCUGUGUUGAAUUUUAAUCACCAAUACUUUUGAAUAUUAAUGAAUUCUUGAAGUCGUUUCUGUGAUUAUGUGGUUUCAGCUUCACAAAUGUAAGAAUUUGCUGCUUUUCUUUGUUUUUUAAUCACUUUAAAUUGAACACCUUUGGGUUUUGGACUGUUGAUUAGAUAAAACAAGCAAUCUGAAGAUGUCACAUUAAGUUCUUAGUACCUGUAAUUUCACUAUUUUCAUCAUCAUUGACUAAAACAAUUAAUCUAAAAAAAUAAAAUAAAAAGGGUCUCCAGAUGGAGAAAAGUAUUGUGCCACUAGGUGGAACUGUUAUAUUAGCCAUCAUUUUGCCUCUGUCUGAUUUUACCAACAAUGCAUUGUAUGCGUGGUCAUCAGUCUUAUAAAGUAAGACUAAGUCUAUCUUUGUGCAACUGGCUCCAGAUCAGGUUUUUUUUCCAUUGUUAGCAGCUGCACAUAUAUACACCUAAUUAUGAACGUAUCUGUUAACCAACACAGGUAGUGCUGAAAACCAAAACAUUAUGUGUUUACCUGUGGCAGAAAAAGACCGUUUUCCACGGUGCUCCUUCUGAACCUGAGACAUGCUCUAACUGUGCUCCUGUAAACCUGCUGACGCCGUCUGUUUUUGUAGUGAUCAUAAAACAAAACGUGUGAUGUAUAUUGAACGUGUUUGUGUUCUGAUCCUCAGCUGGACUGAGAUGAAUGAUGCUGGAAAUCAAUUGUUUUGCUGUCAGGUGUGAAGCCCAUGCCUUUAGGGUUGCAAACAUAAUUACUGAGAAACAUGCAACACUGGGAUUUUUCCAAACCACUUUAAAAUCUCUUGCUGGCGUGCUUUUGUAAUGGAAGUUUUUACACAGAGAACACAGGUCUCUGCUGCAGCACGAGUUACCUAAAAACUGUUCUGUACAUGGAUCUUCUUGUUCUGCUGCUGUUACUUGAGGUCCCGUACUGUAUCUAUGGUAAUAAACUACAUGAGUCCAGACCUGUGUCCAGGCUCUGAUGUGGCCCUGCUGUGGACGAAUCCCCCCUGAGUGAGCAGUGCUCCUCUCAAGUUCUCAGAGACAAAGCUCUAUUGUGCUCUCCGUCAGGGGAUGGAACCAUUUCAUCUCUGCGUGCGUCAGUACCCCUGUUUUUCCUUUGCUGUUGUUCUCGCUCUCUUGCUCUUGCCCGUUUACGUAAUUCUAUGCGCACUUUGGGAAUUUGCUUUGCUCUGCUGUUUGAUGGAAAGUAAGCUUACAUCUGAUUUCUGGCAGUUUGUUUGGCAUCACGUUUCAGCACCGUGAUGGACACACCCUGAGCUUAUGUCCUUGUUAGACUCAAAUGAGUGGAAUGGCCCAUUUGUCUCAUUAUUUGUUUUAUUUUGCUGGGCCAGUUAUCAAAAGCAGAUGCUUCACUGCUGCAUGGGGUCAGUAGGCUAACUGAUGUAA